AUACAAAAUGUAUAAAAAUCAUAGAGUGAAUGUAAGAAAUAUUGCUUAUUUUUAUUAAGAUUGUUAUGCUUACUAGCUUAUUAAACUGUUGUUUACUAAUUUGAUUUAAGUUUUAUCUACUCAUUUUUUGCUUUGGAUUUUCAAAAUUCAGUUAUUUAGAAACACUUGAAGACCAAGCCAGAAUCAUUAUCAACUUUACUACAGUGAAUUGGCCACAAACAUAUUACACAUCAACAACAAAACCAUCUAUUUACACUUACACACCACACAUUUAUAUAUCAUCAGCUUGAAUUUUCUUCGCUCUCCCUGUUUCUUGUCUUUCUCUUUUUACAUUUUUCUAUCUCUAUCUUUUGUCCAUCAUUUAUUCUCGUAAUCUCAAUUUAUCCUUCUCUCUUCCUCAUCCUGUAACAAUCAUCACAAAGUGCAUCAUUUUACCAAUAGCAUCAUUGAAAGUUUAACAUUGGGAUAAACACCGGGCUAUGUUUUCAUCAUUGAUGGCUGAUGGAGAAAAGGAAGACUCCUGUUCAUGAUUUUGGUUAGAUCUGCAUCCUCUGGUCUCAGUGGAGGAGGUGACAAUUUUGUCCUUAGACCUCAAUAUUUAAAGCAACAUUAUACCAAGGAUUCAAUCACAAGUAAUAGUCAAAUUAACAAGAUCGUCACACUUUGGUUAUCAAGUAAAUACGCCAUUUGAUUAACACAAAAAAAAGACAAAGACAAAGGGCAAAAAUUAAUAAGAAAUCAAAAGAUACUCAGUUAGAUUUUCUCUAAUAACCCUGAUCAGCCUAAGAAAAUGAGAAAACUAUUCCAACGAUUGGAGAACAGUCAAAGUAACUCUCGUGAUACUAACGGUAUUGUUGGUUCCUCAAGGACUACCUCAUCGGUUCCUUCAACUACGUCAAAUGAAUCAACUUCCACCGGUAAAGAUUAUAUUGGUAAAGUAUUUAAUGUAGGCCGGAUAACAGUUACCGUGCAAGAUGUUAUUGCUGAAGGUGGUUUUGCUUUAGUGUUUUUAGUUAAAGCUUCUAAUGGGACCAGAUAUGCGCUGAAACGAAUGUUUGUCAACAACAAUCAUGAUCUUAAUGUUUGUAAAUCUGAGAUAUCUAUUGCAUCAAUGGUAUCUGGUCAUAAAAACUGUGUUGGCCUGAUCGAAUCUGCAAUUAACUAUGUCGGUGAAGGAGUUCACGAGGUUUUGAUGUUGAUGAACUUUUGUCGAGGCUCUGUUCUUCAAUCUAUGAAUGAAAAACUUAAAGAUACAACUGCUAGUUUCAACACAUCUUCGUUGUCUGCAACUCCAGGCUGCCUCUUUACAGAGAAACAAGUCUUGAAGAUAUUUUGUGAUAUUUGUGAAGCUGUAGCCAAACUUCACCAUAAUAACCCUCCCAUUAUUCAUCGAGACCUUAAGAUUGAAAACAUUUUAAUUUCUGAACCUGGUAAUUAUGUCCUUUGUGAUUUUGGAAGUGCAACAACCAAAGUUGUUGAUCAUACCUAUUCGACGAGUGCCAGAACAGAGAUGGAAGAGGAGAUUAAAAAGUAUACCACUCUUUCAUAUAGAUCACCUGAAAUGGUUGAUUUGUAUUGUGGUAAAGCAAUCACGACAAAAUCAGAUAUCUGGGCCCUUGGAUGCUUAUUGUAUAAACUUUGCUUUUUUUCUCUGCCCUUUGGUGAAUCAACAUUAGCCAUUCAAAAUGGCUUCUUCACCAUACCAGAUAAUUCACCUUAUUCUACCAGUCUACAUUCUCUCAUUCGUUACAUGUUAGAACCAGAUCCGGAUACUAGGCCGGACAUUUUCCAAGUGUCUUUUAUGGCGUUUCGUCUUUCAAAUCGCGAUUGUCCAGUUGAUAAUAUACAUAACUCAUUGUUACCCCAAAUUGAUCGAUUGCCUUCACCUUUGACAGAAACUGAAGCUAAAAAGUUGAAACAACAGCAACAGCUUCAACAACAACAACAGCGGCAACAGCAAAUAGCCCUGGCUAAAGCACAAGCUGAGGGCACGUCAGUUGCACCUCGAUCUCGGCCUAAACCAGCCCAAGUAACCAUAACCAAUGCUACUUCACUUCCUGUGUUAACAGCUCCUCCACCUUCGUUAACCCGUUCUCCUACACCUUCAGGAGAAAUCCCUAAAUCUAAUAUGUCUAGUUCUCAGAGUUUUACAUCUGGAAGUACGUUGCACAUUACACCAAGUGAUGAUAUUUUAAUUGGUCAUUUAGAUGGUUAUAAACCUCUCUUAGAAGAUAGUAAUGAUGAAGAUGAAGAAAAUCAACAGCCUGAUGAAGAAGAGAUAGCUCAAACUAGUUCAAAUUUUGAUCAACCUAAUCGAUUGAAUACGCAUGAAAUGAAACCUUAUAAUCCUUUAAAUGCAUCUACUCCGGUGGUUACUAAGCGAUCCGAUAAAUUAUUUAAUUCACAAAAUGGUAGUGAAGAUGAUAGUGAUGUUGAUAAAGAGGUAGAAAGGAAUUUGAUGGCUCAAGUUUUGAAAGAUACUGAACUCAGUUUUCAAUGUAAUCGUCGUCAUCAAGAUCCUUUUGGAUGCAUGCCUUUUAACCAGGAUACAUCACAAUUAUACUCGAGCUUGGAUCGAAAACUGGUAAACGUUUCAGGUCCCACCAUCAUAUCGAUUAACCAAAACAGCUCCUCUCAACUUGCACCAUCAUCGACAUCAUCUUUACCAACCGGAGCUCCACCGCCCAUACCACCACAUCAACAACAAUGUACACCCAAAGUAGUUUCCAUUGAGGGUACGUCUGUUGUACCUCGCUCCAGACCAAAAGUGACUUCAAUAUCUAUUAAUAAUGCCUCUUCUAUACCUGUUUUGACUGUACCACCUCCGCCUCCUCCGGCCCCUCCAUCAACGCGCUCACCGACACCUGAAAUCUCGAAGUCCAUGUCCAACUCACAAAGUUUCAACUCUUCAAAUAUAUGCUCCUCUGAAAAUGAAGAUAUUUUAAUCGGUCAUUCAGAUGGAUUUCGACCUUUAUUGGAAGAUUCUGAUUGUGAUGAAGAUGACUCAGAUGAUGAUGACUACUCAGACGAAACUGAGGAUUCAGACGAGGAUAGUGAUUCUUCAACAGAUAAUGAAAACAGCAUACCAUAUAAAGAGCACAUAAUUGACGAUUUGAGUGAUGGAAGGCGAGAUUUUUAUGAAGAUCAAGAAGGCCGAAGUAGUGGUCGAAGUGAUUAUGUUGAAGAUGAUAGUGAUGUGGAUCGAGAAGUCGAAAGAAAUCUUCUGGCUCAAGUUCUCAAGGAUACUGAGUUAAGUCAACAUCAUAACCGAAAUAAUCAAGACCUAUUUGGGAGCCUUCCUUUUGACCAACAAACUGUUAAAGCUCACUCCACCAUGUUAGAAAAGAAACAACAAGCUGAUCAAUUGCAUCACCAACAAAUGAAACAAAAACAAAGACAACUACAGAUUCAGUCUCAACAGCAACAGUCUCAACGGCCCCAUCAUCUCACUCAACAUCAUCCUAUUCCAUCAAAUAAAACCAAUCAAUCAUUGUUGUUCCAAGUUGAUCAUCAUCAUACACAGAAUAAUGUUCAACCAGCACAACUUAUGAAAUCAUAUGUAAUCAAACCCAACUUACCUCCUAAGCCUGUUACAUCAUCGUCAUCAACAGCUUUGGAGUCUCAAGAUUUAUUUGGUGCUAAACCUUUUGUUGCUAACGAUAAUCAUGUUAUGUUGCCUGGUCCUACAAAUCCAAUAAAUUUGCCUAUACUGUCAAAUCAUGAAACGAACACAAAAAUGAGAUCAACAAAUCAAGAUGAAAGAUUAAAUUUGGAUGAAUUGGGUAAAAUUAAACCUCCUGCACCAAUUAAACCGCUCUCCAAGGUACUCCCCUGUUAUCCUGUAUCAUCGACAAUUCGACCGAAUUCUGAAAAAAGUCAUUCUCCUCAAAGAUUAAUUAAUCAAUCAGUUUCAGCUGGUUUUGCUCCUCAUUAUAAUGAUUCCGCUUUCUCUGGUUCAACAGUGGUAUCAAGCUCAUCAACGAUUAACACCAAUCCUUCCUUGUCUGGAUCUAAUUUAACAUCAAUUGGUAAUAAUACUAGGGAACCAUUAACCGGAGUCGAUAACCGAAUUAAAUCAAAACAAGUUAUCAAACCCAAAGCAGCAUCGUCUAAAGCAGUCAAAGCCUACAAGGUUGAGGAGGUAGAUGAUGAUAUAGAUGGUUUAUUGUCUGUUGAAGACCAAGAGGAAGAUGUAACUGUAUCAUCAUCGUCUUCGUCAAAAAAAGAGAAAGACAAAAAGGACAAAUCAAAAAUUAAAGAAAAGGUCAAAAAAGAUAAAAAGAAAAGUAAAGAAAAAAUCAAGUCAAGUGAAAAAGAGGAGAAGAAAAAAAGUAAAAAAGAAAAGGACAAAAACAUCAAUCCAACUGGAGGCUUUGCUAAUAUGAGUUUUGAAGACAAUAUUGAAGAUGGUAUAAGAUUAUAAAUUGUUGAAACUGUUGUUAUCCUUUGCUAUCUUUUCCUUCCACCUCCAUGACCGAAACCACCAAUUCUCUCUUCUCUUUCCUCCCAACUUUAAAUCUUAGUCGAUUUACCUCCUUCUUCAUCUUAUUACUUUAUCUAAUUACGGAUCUUACAAAGAGCCUUCCUUUCCUAUUUGGGUUAAAAAAUGAUUGGAUUUAUCUAAAUUAUUAGUUAGCAAUCGUUGUACAGAUACAGAUUAACUUAUAUAUAUAUUGAGAAAGAAUUUACUUUUACUAAAUUUAACAAUAUUUCCUGCUAAAGAAAAAGUAUCGAAAAACAAUACAAAAAAAAAUUAAUCAAAAUCAAAUCCCGAGGAUAUUGUAUGUUUUUUAAGGAAAUUAGCAAGUUAUUCUAGUAAAUGUAAUAAAUGUAAUUGUGUUUAAAUCAAUUGUCACAAAAAAAGUAAGUAAGGAGAGAGAUCAACAGUGACAUUAAUUAGCGGAAAAAAAA